UUAUAAAAACAAAGCAAAAAGAAAAGAAAAGCAAAAAGUGCGUCUCGGUUGGUUCUUGAUUUCGGGGCACUUGAGAUUCGGCAGGCCAGGGGCUCAACGCAGGGCCAGCACGCGAGGGACGAUGUAUCAACCGAUUCUGAACCAGGCGAUCCAAUCGCUGCAGACGCUGAGCUCCGAGGAGCUGCGAACCCUGCUGGACGAUGACGAUAAGCUGGACGAGCGGGUUGAUGAAGCGGUAAAAUCCAUGGAAGCCUCAAAGGAAACGGUACUGAACGAAAACCGUAAGCUGGCCGAAAAGAAUUUAAGCCACGAACCAAAGAUGAUCGAGCUGCGCUCUCGGGUCCAAGAGCUCUCGGAAGAGGGCCGGAAGUUGGGUGCUUCGGUGAAUGAAAAAGUGAACGAGCUCAAAUCAAAAUCGAACAAGACGAACCCGGAAACGCUACUCGCUCUGCUACAGACUGCCGCCGCGGAAACCGAAGAAGAGACGGAACAGCUUGUGAAACAGUUUCUCGACAGCGAGUUUACGGUGGAGGUGUUUCUGGACAAAUUUAUGGGACUCCGGAAUCUGAUGCACCUUAGGAAGCUGAAGGCAGAAAAGAUGACGGAAUUGCUGCAACGCCGGCCUACGACCGUACACAGCCGCGUCCCUGCUGCAGGGCCUCCGUCGUAUGUUCAACCGUUUACCGGAUCUCCCUUCUCGUCGCCGCUUCAGCGCAACAGCGGUCCCUCUUCUUCAACGUUCUAUCUGCCUCCACCGUCAAUGCCGGGACCAUCGGGUGGUGCUGUCCCUUAUCCGGUUGGUCUACCACCGAUGCCGAUGGUACCGAUGCCAAUGUUCCGGCCUCCUGGAAACUAUUGAUACAAUACUCUACUGUGCCACCGUUGGCUUACUUGGGGUGCAAGUGGCUUGGUUCUACAUAUGAUGAUCGGAUUAAUGGACUGUUUGAAACGCUUCACACAAGGUAAAGAGAUAGGAUCUACAAAUACUGUGCCCGUCUGCAUUUCGCUGGCGUGAUCUGUUAAGUUAGGAACGAACGGGAGAAUCGUGCGAUGGUUAGUCGGUGCAAAGAAUUUAAUGCGACAAAAAACGAUUUGAUUAUUCGAAUGAAGUAAAGAUUUAAGUUUAACGCUUC